UUGUCAAAAUGCGACAGUAUUAAUAUAUUCUUAUCUACACAAAAAGAAAGAGAACUUCAUGGAGCAUGUAAAAUAUCUAAAUUGUUAGUUAUUUUUUGAAUAUGGAUAAUAAUGAUGAACAAUCUAGUGAGAAAAAGUUAGUGAAUAAAGCAAAAUCAUAUAGCACACAAUCACCUGCGAUGAAAAUAAAGAACGAAUCUAUUAAACGUAAAUCAUUUUACGUCAACGAUGCGAUGAAACCACUUGAUUUAGCGUUGUGUAGACUUAAGAAGAGCAAAUUGGUGAAUGGAAACUCCAAUAGUGCUCAUACUAGUCGAGUUAGACGUGGAGCUGAGAUGUUCAUGGACGUAGAUUCCAAUUACAAUUUUAAUCAAGGUAUAGACAAUGCAUCUUUAAUUUCGAUGAAUUUCUCCCAUUAUGAGUUGAUGCGUAACUUAUCGCGUACUAACUGUGACUCUGACGGAGCUUACAGUGGGAGCACGUGUGACGCCUAUUUGAGUGCUACUGAUACGACCGUGAAGAAUGAGCACUUAGAGAAAUACUUCCGAAGCGCUGAGAUUUGGAAUAAAAAUUUCAGAGACGGUGGUCCCAGUAGUGUGCAUUUUAAAUUACCUGAGAAAUAAGUGUUUUAUUGAAUUUGUGGGAUUUGUGAUAUAAUAUUCUAGGUAAAUCGAAAUAAAACUUCCCGAUGAACGAUUAUGUAAAUUUCAAAAUUUUAUUUAUUCAAAGAAACUUUACAAUAAUAACAGAAUAAUUUCAGAAUUUACAAAUGAAACGUACCGAUCUAUACAACACUGUAACUCUUAAACGAGACGAUAAGAUUUAUAACACUGAUUAACAAUAGGUAACGUAGAUUUUAGAUGCUUUCUAGGGCCACCAAACUGCGAGACACUGAAUAUAAAAUUCCAUUAUU